AUGAAGCAGAGGUUCUCUUCGUUGGACGUCAAGGUCAUCUCGCGUGAGCUCAACGCCGCACUGUCGAAUCUGCGAGUUUCGAAUAUCUACGAUCUUUCUUCGAGAAUCUUCCUUUUCAAACUCGCCAAACCCGAUCACCGCAGACAGCUUAUCAUCGACUCCGGUUUCCGAUGCCAUGUCACCGACUACGCUCGCACGACGGCGGCGAGACCGACGCCCUUUGUGUCGAAGCUCCGUGACUGCCUGAAGACUCGGCGCAUCACCUCCGUUUCGCAGAUUGGGACCGACCGGAUCAUCGAUUUUUCCUUCAGCGAGGGCACGUACCAUCUGUUCCUGGAGUUCUUUGCAGGCGGCAACAUCAUCCUCACGGAUCGCGAGUACAAUAUCCUGGUUCUGUUCCGGCAUGUGCCCGCGGAUGGGGAGCAGGAAGAGGUCAAGGUCGGGUUGAAGUACAACGUGGCCAACAAGCAGAAUUACAGCGGCGUGCCGGAGAUCACGACCGCGCGGGUCGUCGACACGCUCGAGAAGGCCCGGGUCUUGUUCGCCCAGGAAGGUGCCGCGCCCAAAAAGUCCAAGAAGAAGAACGCGGAUGUGCUGCGCAAGGCCUUGUCGCACGGGUUUCCGGAAUACCCGCCUUUACUCUUGGACCAUGCCUUUGCGGUCCGGGAGAUGGAUCCGGCGACACCGCUAGAACAGGUCCUGCAAGACCAGGAUCUACUAGCUCGGGUCCUGGAUGUUCUCAAAGAGGCGGAGGCUGUAGUCCACCGUCUGGAUCAGGGGGAUGCUCUGCCUGGAUACAUUGUCGCCAAGGAAGACGCACGUCCGCCGGAAGACGAAGAGACUACUACUACGGCCACUGCUACUGACGGCGCCGCGGAGCAGCCGAAGAAACCCAGUUUGUUAUACGAGGAUUUUCACCCGUUCAAGCCGCGUCAGUUUGAAGGCCGCCCGGGAACGACGAUCCUUGAGUUUGAACGCUUCAACGCGACGGUCGACGAGUACUUUUCCUCUCUGGAGACGCAGAAGCUCGAGUCACGCCUGACAGAGCGGGAACAGCACGCGAAGAAGAAGCUUGCCUCGGUGCGCCAGGAGCACGAGAAGCGCAUCGGCGCGCUGAAGGAGGUCCAGGAAUUGCACAUCCGCAAGGCGGGCGCCAUCGAAGCCAACGUCUUCCGCAUCCAGGAGGCGAUGGAUGCCGUCAAUAGUCUCAUUGCCCAGGGGAUGGACUGGGUGGAGAUUGCGCGCCUGGUCGAAAUGGAGCAGGGACGAGGCAACCCCGUCGCCCAGAUCAUCAAGUUGCCCCUGAAACUGUACGAGAACACCGUCACCCUUGUCCUCGGCGAAGCUAGCGAUGAACAAGACGAGGAAGAUGAGACCUACAGUAGCGACUCGGAGUCAGAUGAGGAGUUUGAUGACCGGAAGCGGGGCGCAGAGAAGGAGUCCUCGCUACUCAACGUGGAUAUCGACCUCGGUCUCUCUCCCUGGGCCAACGCGACACAGUACUACGAGCAGAAGAAGACCGCGGCUGUCAAGGAGCAACGAACCAUCCAGUCGUCGACCAAGGCACUCAAAAGCCACGAGAAGAAGGUCACGGAUGAUCUGAAGCGCACCCUCAAGCAAGAGAAGCAGCUGCUUCGACCGGCAAGAAAACCAUUCUGGUUCGAGAAGUUCCUCUUCUUCAUUUCUUCAGAAGGCUACCUAGUUCUGGGUGGUCGAGAUGCAAUGCAAAUCGAGAUUGUCUACCGUCGAUACUUGAAGAAAGGAGACGUCUUCAUUCACGCAGAUAUUCAAGGGGCCACGCCCAUGAUCGUGAAGAAUAGGCCGGGCACCCCAGACGCACCGAUUCCGCCGAGCACGCUCUCGCAGGCCGGAAACUUCUGUGUUUCGACGUCCACAGCCUGGGACUCCAAAGCCCUGAUGGCCGCCUGGUGGGUGAAAGCUGAGCAGGUCUCAAAGGCGGCGGCAAUGGGUGGCGGUAUCAUGCCCGUCGGUGAAUUCACCAUCAAGGGUGCAAAGAACUUCCUCGCCCCGUCGCAGCUGGUACUUGGAUUCGCUGUCAUGUUCCAGAUUAGCCAGGAAAGUGCCUCGCAUCACCACGGUGCGCAACGAUUUGGAGAGUUGGCUACAGAUGACUCUAAGCCAGAGGAAGAAGCCGAAACUGAGGAGCUGGAUGCUACUGAAGCAAUUGAAGAGAAGGAAGAUAGCGCCGGUUCCGACUCGGACGACGAUGCUGGUGUCGAGAAGAACCCUUUACAAGGCGUAUCUGAAGCUUCCACUGCGCAAGCAGAAACAGCGCCUGUGCCGCAAGUGGAUGAUAUGCAUGACGAAAAGGAUGAAGAAGAGGAGGAAACAGGACAAGACAACACACCCGACGAUGAUGAACCUCAAUCGGAGAUGGCUGUCGCUGAGGACGAGGGAAUGGGAGAUGGAACAGAAGCCGGUGACAGCGUGACAUCAUCUCAGCCCACUGGUAAAAGACAUCUCUCAGCGCGGGAACGACGUCUUAUGAGAAAGGGAAAGCCUAUCGAGUCUGCUGUCCCUGAAACCCCGGCAGCAGCAAAGGCGGCCCCUCCCAAGACCACUGCCGAACUACCCUCCAAAGCCAGUCCAGCUGCCCCUCCUCCCCCGGCAGAUACACCAAAACACAAUGCUCUUCCCACACGCGGCAAGAAGGGUAAAGCCAAGAAGGGCUCGACUAAGUACGCCGACCAGGACGACGAGGAGCGCGAGUUAGCGCUCCGCCUGGUCGGCGCCAAGAGCGCAAAGGCCGAGAAAGCAGCAGCAGCAGUGGCCACGAAAGCGAACCAGGAACGCGAGCGCGAGGCACAGAAGCAACGGCGCCGAGCACAGCACGAACGGGCGGCGGAAGCGGAGAAGAAGCGCCAGGCUCUGUUCGAGAACGGCGCGGCGGCGGACGACUACGACGAAGAGACAGCUGCAGCCGAAGCGGCCGAUCUGGCUUGGCUGCCUGCUCUGAUAGGAACCCCCCGGCCCGAGGAUGAGAUCCUCGCCGCCAUCCCCGUGUGCGCACCCUGGGCUGCACUGGGCCGGUCCAAAUACCGGGUCAAGCUUCAGCCGGGGGCCGUCAAGAAGGGCAAGGCCGUCAAAGAGAUCAUCGGCCGCUGGGUCGCCGAGACCACCACGGGGAAAGUGAAGAAAGAGCAUGCCGAGGACGCAGGUCUUGACCGGGCAACCGCCGAGGCCCUCCGCGCGCGUGAAGGCGAGCUCCUCAAGGGCUGGCGGGAGGCCGAAUGUAUCAACCUCGUCCCGGUGGGCAAGGUGCGUAUCAUGAUUGCCGGGGGGGCAGGUGGCGACAGCAAGGGCAAGGGGAAGGGCAAUCCCAAGGCUGCCAAGGGGAAGAAGAAACUGCUGGUUUCUACUGCUCGACGCCUUGCUGGCUGCCGCCAGCGCUGCGUCGUCCGAACUGCCACAACCAUGACGUCUCCUACACCCUCGACGCGUAUUCUCUCCGUGCAGCGGCUCAGCGAGGGCCCGGGUACACAGUCUCUGGCCGAGUGGUGGGCCAGUGAACGCAAGAAGGAGACAGACGAGGCGAAGGCCCUUGAAACGGCAGCACGGCUGCUCCGCGAGAGCGAUAUCCCCGUUGCGUUCCCGACGGAGACGGUGUAUGGACUCGGGGCGGAUGCCACACGCAGCGCGGCCGUGCAGGGGAUCUACCGGGCGAAGCAGCGGCCGUCGGAUAACCCGUUGAUCGUGCAUGUGGACUCGCUGGAUAUGCUGGAUCGGUUGCUGAACCCGGGAACACCACACCAGCGAGAUCUGGUGGGUAAUAAUGGCGACUCGGGUUCGUGUCGAACCAGGCUCUCCCGAAACGCGAUCCCUGCGAUCUACGAGCCUCUGAUUGCGCGGUUCUGGCCUGGUCCGCUGACGAUCCUCCUGCCGAACCCGACGGGGUCGAUGCUGGCGCCGGAGGUGACGUCCAGCCUGACGACGUUUGGGGUGCGGAUGCCGGCGUCGCCGCUCGCGCGGCUGCUGAUCCACGCGGCGGACCGGCCGCUGGCGGCCCCCUCGGCCAAUGCAUCGACGAAGCCGUCGCCGACGACGGCGCAACACGUCCUCCACGAUCUAAAGGGGCGUAUCGAGCUCAUUCUCGAUGGGGGGCCGUGUGGUGUCGGCGUGGAGAGCACCGUCGUCGACGGGCUGUCUGACCCUCCCGCCGUCCUGCGGCCUGGUGGCAUCGGCAUCGAGGAGAUCCGGCUCUGCCCCGGGUGGGAGAAUGUUCAGGCCGGGUACCGCGAUGGCUCGCUCGACGUCAAGGAGGUCCCCCGCGCGCCCGGGAUGAAAUACCGACACUACUCGCCCAAGGCGCGGGUCGUGCUGUUCGAGCCGGACUCGGCACCCAGUGCCGUCGCGCGCCGUAUUCGACGAGACCUACAGGAUACCGCCGUGGGAGAGCAUAAGAUUGGAAUCAUCCGGACGAGCCAUUGGCCGCAGGGACUGGGACUGCAGAACACAUCUGAUGGGCCGCAGCCUCUCACGCCCGUCACUUCCGCGGCCGUCGAUGGUAUGGUCCGUUUCGCACUCUCUGUGCACGAGUUGUGCCACCCAACCAACACCACGAAAGUGAUAUACGACUGUCCGUUGGGCACGGAGAUGGACACCAUCGCGCGCAAUCUGUUCUCUGCUCUUCGCGGCAUGGACGCCGAGGACGUCGAUGUCAUCUACGUCGAGGGCGUGUCUGCGCAGGACGGCGAGUUGGCUGCCGCGGUGAUCAAUCGGCUGCGAAAGGCUGCUGGCACAGCAAUCAAGGCGUUAUAG